AUGUGUACAAGAGGGAUAGAUGAGCCAGUAGACAAGGUGAAGUUUGUGAAGGAGCUUUACUCACAUGGGGCCAUCAAGUUCGGAGAGUUUAAACUAAAGAGCGGGAUAAUGAGUCCGGUUUACUUCGAUCUGAGAGCUCUGGUUUCCUUGCCCCGACUUAUGAGGGACGCUUCUAAAUUACUGUACGAAGCAGCACAUGGUAUGAAGUACACAUGUAUCUGCGGGGUCCCCUACACUGCCCUCCCCAUAGCAACUGUCAUCUCAGUGGACCACGAUAUACCUAUGGUUAUCCGCAGAAAAGAGAUGAAAGAUUACGGCACUAAGAAAAUGGUUGAAGAUGCGGAGAUGCCUCAGUUUAGUGAGUUGAGAUACAACAGCAAACUCACAGGAGCAUGGAUCAGAAUCAUCAGUUACCAACCUGACACCGUUUCGGGGCUUUAA